UUUUGUGACUCAGAAGAGAAACAGAUGAUUUCAUUGUAUAGGACAGUUUUUCAUCUUUCUGACUCCUCUUCCUUACAGAACCGGAUGAAGUCAGAGAACUCACUGUCACUGAAAUCACCACUUCCUCUGUUCCUCUGAGCUCCACUGAACCAUUAGGACAAAGCUCCUCCAAUACAGUAGAAUGGUCAGAUGGAUCAACUACUCUAAAUCCCAUUGUGACUAAUAAGAGCACGACUAUAUCUAACCUGAGUACUGGUGUCCUGAAUAACACAAGUGUCACAGCCAUGACAGCAGAUAACCAAACUAAUGAAAAUAGUGCAUUUACCUCCAGUUAUACAAAACCGGAUGAAGUCAGAGAACUCACUGUAACUGAAAUCACCACUUCCUCUGUUCCUCUGAGCUCCACUGAACCAUUAGGACAAAGCUCCUCCAAUACAGUAGAAUGGUCAGAUGGAUCAACUACUCUAAAUCCCAUUGUGACUAAUAAGAGCACGACUAUAUCUAACCUGACUACUGGUGUCCUGAAUAACACAAGUGUCACAGCCAUGACAGCAGAUAACCAAACUAAUGAAAAUAGUGCAUUUACCUCCAGUUAUACAAAACCGGAUGAAGUCAGAGAACUCACUGUAACUGAAAUCACCACUUCCUCUGUUCCUCUGAGCUCCACUGAACCAUUAGGACAAAGCUCCUCCAAUACAGUAGAAUGGUCAGAUGGAUCAACUACUCUAAAUCCCAUUGUGACUAAUAAGAGCACGACUAUAUCUAACCUGACUACUGGUGUCCUGAAUAACACAAGUGUCACAGCCAUGACAGCAGAUAACCAAACUAAUGAAAAUAGUGCAUUUACCUCCAGUUAUACAAAACCGGAUGAAGUCAGAGAACUCACUGUAACUGAAAUCACCACUUCCUCUGUUCCUCUGAGCUCGACUGAACCAUUAGGACAAAGCUCCUCCAAUACAGUAGAAUGGUCAGAUGGAUCAACUACUCUAAAUCCCAUUGUGACUAAUAAGAGCACGACUAUAUCUAACCUGACUACUGGUGUCCUGAAUAACACAAGUGUCACAGCCAUGACAGCAGAUAACCAAACUAAUGAAAAUAGUGCAUUUACCUCCAGUUAUACAAAACCGGAUGAAGUCAGAGAACUCACUGUAACUGAAAUCACCACUUCCUCUGUUCCUCUGAGCUCCACUGAACCAUUAGGAAAAAGCUCCUCCAAUACAGUAGAAUGGUCAGAUGGAUCAACUACUCUAAAUCCCAUUGUGACUAAUGAGAGCACGACUAUAUCUAACCUGACUACUGGUGUCCUGAAUAACACAAGUGUCACAGCCAUGACAGCAGAUAACCAAACUAAAGAAAAUAGUGCAUUUACCUCCAGUUAUACAA